ACACCAGUCAGUGGAAUCAUUGAUUUUGAUGAUGAUUCACUGGCGUCCGGUCCCGCUUUAACAUUAUUUAACUAAAUCAGACAGUAACUAUUGCAUCGUCGUGUUAGACUAUUUAUCGCAUGCUUGCUAGACCCCGUCAAAUUCUAUGUGCAUUCAUGAUGCACUACUCCAACUGGUUGAUUGGUCUUAAAAACAGGGCAAACCUCCGGAAUGCUUGGAAAAAUGGGGCAAACAGUGACUGGAGCAACAUCGGCGAUGUGGACGUGCAGAACCGCCACAACCCGAAGCCCAGCGAGAAGACAUGCGGGCUCGCCGUCACCGCCCACCUCUGGAAAAAGGGCUACAAAAUGAUCAAGAAGAUCGGCGAGGGCAGCUUCUCUGAGGUGGUCAAAACUCAGAGCAUGAAGGAUGGGAAGUAUUACGCAUGCAAAACAAUGAAGCAGACCGUUAACAGUGCGGAGCAGGCUAACAACCUGCGGGAAGUUCAGGCCAUGAGGAGACUCGGCCCACAUGCAAAUAUCAUCCAGCUGCAUGACCUCAUUUUCGACAAAGAAAACGGUACAGUGUCUUUGAUUUGUGAGCUGAUGGAAAUGAACAUAUACGAGUUCAUCAAAGGUGGGUGUGGCUGCAAAUCCCAAAAGUGUCACAGUAAAAGUUUUGGUCUAUGGAAUAAUGUUUGUUUGUACCUUGCAGCGAGACAAACGCCACUGCCAGAUAACACAGUGAAAAACUACAUGUACCAGCUGUGCAAGUCACUGGACCACAUGCACAGAUGCGGGAUCUUCCACAGAGACGUGAAGCCAGAGAACAUUCUCAUCAAACACAACGUUCUGAAGCUGGGAGACUUUGGCUCGUGCAGGAGCGUGCAGUCCAAGCCCCCGCACACUGAGUACAUCUCCACCCGGUGGUACCGAGCCCCAGAGUGCCUCCUUACUGACGGCUAUUACAGCCUGAAGAUGGACAUCUGGAGCGUGGGCUGUGUUUUCUUUGAGGUCAUGAGCUUGAAUCCCCUCUUCCCCGGCACCAACGAGUUGGAUCAGAUCGCCAAGAUCCACGACGUGUUAGGCACGCCCGAUCAAAGCGUCCUGCGGAAAUUCAAGCAAUCCAGAGCCAUGCAUUUCAACUUCCCCGCCAAGAAAGGCUCCGGAAUCUCACGCCUCAUCCCCAACUGCCCGACACCGGCUCUGUCUCUGCUCUACCAGAUGUUGGCCUACGAUGCUGACGAGCGCAUCACGACGGAAACUGCCCUGAAACACACCUACUUUCGGGAAACACGGUUAGCUGAGAAGAAAACCAGUGGAAUCACCUCUGACCUCCUGUGGCGACCCACUCGACUUGGCAAACAAAUGAGAGGCAGACACAUGAGGCCCACCCCCUUAAUUAGCACAAAGCACUUAGCGGAGCCCCUCUGCAGACGAAAUGUCUCCCAUUACACUACCGAGCUGCCCGAACUAAACAUGUCCUUCUCGGGGCCUCCGCGCUCCUUACCGGCGUCAACCUCGCCCGCCUUCGCCCUGACCCACCGGGGCACCCUGCCAGCCAUCACCUCUAAGAAAUGCCAGACACGUUUGGUCAAGGCCGAGUCACAAAAGGCGUCUUUAAAGAACUUCUACAUGCCGCCUCUGGGUAGGAAACACGGAGGAGGCUGCUGAGAGCCGAACAGACGUCGACGUAUGAUUGAAAACUUCCUCUCAAAGCAGGAUAAACCUGAAAAUUCCCCUUUGCGAGUCAAUAAGGCUGUGAUUUAGAUAUUACACACAAUACAAUGAACAUAAUGUUAUUUAUACUAUGGGCUUUUUUAAAAGUAUCAAACAGGUCUAUGUCAGUUUUUAUUUAUCGCCACAAUGUAGCUACUAAUAAAUCUGCACUUUGUUGUGUUGUAAAAAUGUCAAAUUUAAUAAAAAAAAACAACCAAGAAA